AUGUCGGUGGUUUCGCUGCUUGGUGUACGGGUGGUGAACAACCCGGCCCCCUUUACCGCCCCUUACGAGUUCGAGAUCACAUUCGAGUGUCUGGAACAACUACAAAAAGGUGUGGUAGAUAAACACUCUGGUGAAAAAUAUUUUGAUUUGUCUGAGUAUGACCAGGAGCUUGAUUCGCUAUUAGUCGGCCCAAUCCCAGUUGGUGUCAACAAGUUUAUAUUUGAGGCCGAUCCUCCAGAUUUAAAGAGAAUACCUACGUCAGAGAUUCUGGGAGUCACGGUCAUCCUUCUUACAUGCAGCUACGAUGGUAGAGAGUUUGUUCGAGUUGGAUACUACGUCAACAAUGAAUACGACUCGGAAGAAUUAAAUGCAGAGCCGCCGACCAAACCGAUUAUCGAGAGAGUUGUACGCAAUGUACUAGCGAAGAAGCCUCGAGUCACACGGUUUGCAAUCAAAUGGGAUUCUGAGGAUUCUGCGCCUGCAGAGUAUCCCCCAGACCAGCCGGAUGUAGAUGCACUUGAUGAUGAUGGCACAGCUUAUGGCGCUGAGGAGGUAGAACUUCAGGCCGCACUUGAGAAGGAACUGGAAGAGUUGGAUAGAGAAGAAGCGAACAAUGAUGGCAUGGAAAUUGAGGGCCCCGCUGCCGACGAGGGCAAUGCAGAUGAAGACGAUGAUGAAGCCGGAAGUGAAGAUUUGGAAGAAGAGAGUAGUGAGAGCGAGGACGAGGGCGACGGUGACGAAGACGUCGAAAUGGGCGAUGGAGAUCCCGCUGACAACAAUCAGUCCGACCCCAAGACCGCUGAAGCGCAGCAACAGUCCGAAGUCAUGGUCCAUUAA